AAAUUUUGAUAUGAUAUGGUACAGUGCUUGUAGCGCCAGUUAUUCAGAACUAUGAUAAACAAUCUCGAAAGAAGCAUAACAUCUUGUGCGAUUUAUAGAAUAGUAAUUUUUGUGUGAAGUUAUUGACUUGUGUCGGGUUAUAGGGUGUCGAUAAGUAUCAUAUAUAAAGAAUAAUAAAUUUUAGUAAAUAAUUGAAAUGGGUAGCACAGAUAAAGCUGUGAUCACGGGUUUUAUAUGUAGACUUUGCAGCAAAAUGAACCGUUUCGUGAUCCACAUAUACGGUGAAGAGGGUGAAAGAAUGAAACUUGCUGAAAAAAUAAAUGCUUAUCUUCCAAUUACGGUAAACAUGAAUGACCCAUUACCUAAAACAGCAUGUCUACAUUGUAUCGAACGACUAGAAGCUCAUCAUGAAUUAAUGGGACAAUUUUUGUUAGCUAAACGAAGGUUAACAAAAUCAUCAACAGUUGCAUCAACUUCGACACAAACUGUUGAUACUGCACCAACAUCUAGUUCACCUCCAUGUUGACAUAUAGAAUUAAAAGCAUAUCUUUACGCUCAAUAUUAUUAAACAUUUUCUGUAUCUUAUUUGUAUUGUUAUUUGAAUAAUUUAUUACUAGGAACAUAAUAUUGUUAAACAAAAAGGUAUAUAUACAAUUAAUCAAUUCAUUCAGCAAUCCAUAAAAUUAUUUACUUAAUUUACUUGUCUUUAAUAAUUUUAUACAAAAUUUUUUCUUAAAAUUAUUCAUUUAUUGUAUAAACUUUUUAUUUUUUACACAAAUUAUAAUUUUUUAUUAAUAUUUUUAUUAAUAUUAUGAAAUAUAUAUAAUGAUUAUUUCUUUAUAUUUCAUUACUUUUUUAAAAAAUUAAAAAUUUUUUUGAUUAUAAUGAAUAAAAUUAAAAUUAGGUAUAAAUAUCUUUAUAUAAAUAUCUUUAGUUUAUUUGAAUAUUAAUUCAAAUUUUUCAAUUAAUAUUUUAUGUUAUGUAUUUUAUAUAGUUUUUAUCAUAUAUAUAUAACAAAUUUGUAAUCAUUUUUUAAUAAUGUCAGAUAGUAUAUUGCUUCUUUAACAAAUUUAUACUGCUGGUGUACAAAGAUAGAUAGCUAUGUCAAAUUUCUUAAAAUAUUAAAUAAUGUCAUAUUAUAUAUAAUUAAAAAUAAAUUAAAAAUAAGAAAUCAUUUUAUUGACAGAUGUUUACUAGCAUUAUAUAUUAGAUACAUAAAAUUGUCAAUACUAAUAUACAUAAAGUAAUCAUGUUUCAUUUGUUAUUAAAUAUUAAUAGUUUUAUAUAUAAAAUAUAUGUAUAAAACUAUAAUAAUAAAAAUAUUUGCAUAAUUAUAAUAUAUUAAUAUAUAUUAUUAUGCAGAGUUUAACAAAAUUUGAAUGUUUACUUCUAAGUUGCAAUAUAAUGAAUAAUUUAUAAUAAUUUUCAAAAUAAUAACUUUCGAAAUAAAAAUUUUAAUUAAUUACAGUAUUUUAUAUUUUGAAAAACCAAAAAUCAUUUUAAGAAUAAUACAAGGAUAAAUAAUAUUACUAUAAUUUGUUAAGAUAGGAUUUAUUUCUUAACAAUAUUCGCUAACACAAUUAAAUGUUACGUAGAACAAUAUUAUUGGUUGGCGACACAAUCCAUAUUGUGCUUACUAUAUGUAUUAUUUCACAUGUAAUUCAUGAUUUACAAAGAGAAAAUUUGUUUUUAGAAGAUAAGGAUGCGUUCGUCACUCAAAUAAUUCGUCAUUUGUUAUAUGUUCUUAAAUAUUUUAAUAUUAUUUGUUUUACUCAAUAUGUUAUUAUUAUUACAUAAGAAAAGACAAUAUAAAGCUAUGUAUCUGUGAUCAAUAUAUGUACAUAAUAGUUUA